UGGGGUUAUCACGUGGGUAGGAAUUUCCGGUGAGAGUCUUGGAAUAUAGGAAGAUCACUGGGAUACAAUCUCCGCCAAAUAAUUCAGUGUUGCCUGGUUUUAUACAAAUCGUGUCCUAAAAUACCAGGAGGCGCUCGGUUAUUUUUCAGCCUAUCAGAAUGUUGAAUUGUAUUCCGUGCAGUGCGGUCAGUCAAAUGACAUGUGAAAUUCAAGGGAGCUUAACAAUUAGCACAAAUUCAUAACACAGAAUGCUUUCUUAACCGAUUUCCCUUGAUGAAAUGGCUUAUAGCAAAAAUAAAGUUGAAACAUCCAUCGGAGAUCGAAAGUUGGCAAACAGCCAGUAUAAAACAAGGGAUUUGAAGAUCAUACAUGUGCAUAUGUGAACCUAAAAGAAAGCUGAAGAGGAACUACUCAGCUAUGGAGAAUUCAGAAACCGUCGCCUUAACCAAUUCUGAUGAAAUGGAGGAGGUAACAGAGAGCGCCUCGGCAGCAGCAGGAACCUCUAUGGAGGUGGUACCCAGUUCUGUAAUGGUGUCAUCCUACUAUUCCAAAGACGUCUCAGACCCCUGUGCCACCCCAGGACAGUGUGGAUUGUAUAAUUUAGGAAACACAUGUUUCAUGAAUGCAGGUCUACAGAGUCUGUUGUCCACCACGCCACUCUUGAAGUUUUUUCUGGAGCGAUUUACAACAGAGGACUGCGCUCAGGACACGCUGACUACAAACUUCCACCAGCUUGUCUGCAAAUUCUGGAGUGGCCACUACUCUAUUGUCUAUCCCAGGGACUUUAAGAAUGCCCUGGCACUAUUUCACAUUCAGUUUCAGGAUUACAGACAGCAUGAUUGUCAGGAGUUCCUGGCCCUGUUUCUGGAUACACUUCACCAGCAGCUAAAAAGUAAUGAGGAGGUAGCUAAAAAUAAUCAACAGGGUGUGUUAGAAUCAGCAGAUAAAAACCAACUCAAUAACUCACUUAAUGCCAGGAGUUCUAGUGAGGAAGAAGGGAAAGUUACCCAAGAUGCAUCAGCAUCACUUCCUGUUCCUUUUCAUGAGGAUAGUGCUAGUGUAAGUUACGUCAUUCAGUCAGAACUUCCGUCACUUUUGAAGUCUGUUGUCAGAACAGAUUCUAGUGGUGAUUUAGAGAAUAGUCAGUCAGAUACAAAUGAGCUAGAACCAAUAUUAAACAAUGCUUCGAAUCUGAAGCAGCGAAUUCCAAAGAUUGAAGAGUUCUAUGCCAAAGAUACAAAAACUCUUAACACAAAUGUUUUAUUAGCCGACUUUGAAAAGGAAGAUUUAGCAACAGAUUCAGAAAAGUUUCCAAAACAGGAGUUGAACAACCACACAGAGGAUGAGUUAGUCUUGCAUGUUCCUGUAGAGACAGUGACCAUGUCACCCACAAGGGAUGAAGCUUCAAAGAAAGGACCAAAAAAUACAAACAUCCACGCUGACAAGUUCAACAAAACACAAAAACCCAGUCAAAUGGAUGCAGAGGGGGAUGGGAUCAUAAAGAAAAUGAAGUUUGAGUGUACUGAAAAAAAUUUUCAAUAUCAAACACAGAGCAAGAUUAACAAAGACUUUGAUAUUAAUGAGCAGAACCUGAAGCUAGCCAGUUAUGGGGUGGAGGGAAUCAAUCUUAUAAAAGAUCUAGGGAUUCUGGGGAGUGUGGACAAAGACAUGUGUGACAGUAUCAUGAGGAGGACCCAUCUUCUUGUGGAAGACAAAUAUCCUCCAUGUGCAGCCCCUGACAGAGACUACAUGAGAACAGCGAAAGAGAUAAAGCAGACAAACAGUGAAGACAUUCUGCAGAGUAUGGAAAUACAGAUCUCCAAAAAUGUCAAAACAAAGAAAGCUCAACUAUCAGAAAAUAGCAGUAAAAAAAUUAAGUACGAAAUUAAGCAUGAAGGUAGUCCAGCUGAUUCAGUUUUGUCAACUGAUAAUGAAGAUGAUAGAGAUGAGGGGGGUUUUCAGAACAGUGAGUCUACAGAGGUGGAUCUACUGGAGCGUGAGGAGGAAGUGCAGGUUGAUCCCGAGGAAGAAGCAGCAGAGAAAGCCUGGGAGAAUUAUAUCAGGGACAAUCAUAGCAUCAUUGUCAGCACAUUUCAAGGACAGUUUAAGUCUACAGUUGUGUGUUCAGAGUGUAACCAUGUCUCUGUGACCUUUGAACCCUUUAUGUACCUGUCAGUGCCACUGCCACACGCGUCUGACAGACAGUUAUGUGUCCUUUAUGUUCCAUUAGAAGGACUUCCCACGCGCUAUCUUGUAACUUUACGAAAGUCAGACAAGGUCAGCAGAGUGAAAGAAGAACUCAAGAAUUUGAUUGGUCAACCUGCUUGUGACAUCAUAAUAACUGAAGCAUUGGAUCAUCAUAUAUCAAGAAUUUUGGAUGACAACAUUAUGCUGCACUAUGUGAAUGAUGCCAACAGGAUUGUUUAUGCCUUUGAGAUGUCACCUUGUCCAGUAAUCACAAUAGAAAUACAAGAUCCUCCCAAAAUACUUGACUUCUGCUCAUUAAGAGAUGAGUCAAAGGAAUUUGCUUCUCAGACUACAUGUGACUCAGAUGGAGAUAUCUUUAGCACCGUUGGGACAUUCUCAAAGCGAGAUGUUAAUGACAUCAACAGGUACAUGCAGUCAUCUGAUUCAUGUGAAACCUUAAAUGAUGCUCAGAAAAGUUCACCGGAUCCUAUUGAGACUGAGACUUGGGAUACUACGGGAGGAAGCUGCAUAGAAAAUCCCCAAACCCUGGGACAGUGGACAGAUUCUAAAACCUCAGACAACUGGGGCAGUGGUCAGUCGACAGCUGAAUGGACACAGUCAGAUUCGGAUGAUCUGAGAAAGAGUCUGAACGAGGUGAUGGUGGAUGUGUCAGGAACUGGUAUGUGGAAUCAGAGCUUGUCAGCGGGUCACACGUCUCCUGUUCAUAGUUGGCUGGAUGGCAGCUCUGGGAUGGAUGGCACAGUGGACACAGCUUCUGGCUGGGAUCUCGCACAAUCACUGCCAAUGAGUGAAACUCAUAUGAAGAGUGAUCAGUUACCGGACAGUGUUGCAUGGGAUACCAAUACGAACCAGUCUGGUUCUUGCUGGGACUCAGGUGCAGUACCAGCACCAGCUGCUGUGAUAGCUGAGAAGUGGAAGUCGUGUGCGAUAUGUUUGGAGGAACUAGAGGACAGCGAGCUGCUGUGUCACACUGGCUGUGGGGGAACUUUCUGUCAAACCUGUCUGGAGAUGUCAAUCAAACACUGCGGACAGGAAAGCUACGUUUGUCCGGUGUGUUCCAGUGCUGCUAUUCUGACCGAGGACUUCUGCCCUGUAGGGGGAGGAUCAUCAUCCACACAGAACUUACGACUGUUGGCUGUUCCAAUUUCACUACGAGAUGAAAGUGGCCCUUCCUGUAAGUUAGUGGGACACCCUCGUCUUGUGUAUCUAUACAACACAAUAAGUGGAGCUCAGUUAUACGAGUGUGUACUCAACCUGUUUCCUGUGUUGGCUCAUUGCACCAUUGUACUCACUGAUGGACAGGGAUUGUGCUGCUCAAGAUGCCAAUACUCAGACCGGUGUCAAGGCUGCCCCAUCUCAAGAGAAUCUCUGGUACACCUGCGGCCAGGUGACUGUCUGUCUGUGUGUCUUAGUGGAAUGUCGGAAACGUGUAUAGGUGACAUGGAGGGCUUUACAGACCAUAAAACAAUGGAACAGUUACGACCAGAGAAAUCUCUGUCGGUGUAUGAUUGUUUACAGGCAUUCACUGACAGUGAGGAUUUGGAUGAGCACAACCCAUGGUAUUGUCCUCGAUGUCAAAGGAAUCAGUGUGCAAAGAAAACAAUCACUGUGUGGCAGUAUCCUGACACACUUAUUCUACAUCUUAAACGGUUUGUGUACCAUGACUUGUCCAGUAACAAAGUAGAUGCAGAAGUAAAAUUCCCCUUGGAAGACCUCAAUUUAUCCCAGUAUACAUCAGGACCAGACUCAGGAAGUUUGACCUAUGACCUCCAGAGCAUUGUCUGUCACUUUGGGGGUGCCAAUGCAGGUCAUUACACAACAUUCGCUAAGCACCCUUUGAAUGGACAAUGGUUUUAUUACAACGAUGAAUCAGUGUCCCACCAGUCGCCUAAAAAAGAGGAUUAUAAAAAUGCCUACAUACUGUUUUACAACAGACAAGGAACAGAUGUCAAGUUUGAUUUGCCUAAAAUUCCGCUGGACCAAUCAAAUCAAUUGAGAGAGACGUUGAACAACAGAACUCAGCAGGCAGCAGCUAUUCCAUUUAAUUCAGGAAAAGUUUAUGGACCUUUAAACAUUGAUCAAAUGUCGGAUGAUCUCAAAAAUCAAACAGAUUAUGAUGAGGUGGAGAAGACUACUUAGAAGAUGGAACAAAGGGAAGAUAUAGAAUAAAAGGAUUCAAAUGGCUUCAGUCUAUAUUGUUUUGCUGGUUUUGUACAUUUAUAAUAUGGUCAUGGAGAAAAUUGUGUUGUACUGUGUACCCUUUGUUUGUCUGAUCAUUGUACUGGUACCUUUUCUGUACCCGUGGUUCAGGUCUUUUUAUUGUUCACUGCAUUCUGGCCAAAGGUGUGUCCACAAUAAAUACCAAUUUUUUGUCACCACGAGAUUUACAUGUAUUUCAUCAAAUUUUGUAAUGUCUGCAUGUUCAAUUAUAUAAUGCAGAUAUUUUAUAUAAGAGUCUCUCUCUGACAAAGUCAGCGGUACAGGGACCAAUGAUAGUCAAGGGGCUGUUACUAGAUCAGCAGUUUUAAGAUUCUCGUUGUGUAUAUAAUGUUAAGUAUAAGCAAGCAGCAGAUUUUCUUAGCCUUAAAAUUUUGAUGUACAUGUACUUAUUUAUUGAGCCACAUCCGAAAUCCUAAAGGGUGAACAUUGAGAGGAAAAACUGGUGUUAAUCCAGAGCUACAUGUAGUCCAAGCAUUUAACAGCACUUGUCAUUUCAGUUCAAAGUUGUUAAGGUUAGUACUUGAUCAAAGGGUUUAAUCGUGUGUCAGCUUAUCGAAUGUUCAUGUGGCUAUUAACAAGGUCAUGACAGGUUUUCAUGUGCCUUAGCCUUGUAUAUUUAACGUUCAGUUGUGUAGUAAUCAUUUGUGUUCAAUCUGCAGGAAAUGACAUCACCGACACGAGACUUUGAUGGGAUAAUCAUCAAACAACAGACGUUAUCUGUUUUCAUAAAGUAUUUUUUCAUAUGGAGUACAUUUAGUGUUAGAAAUUUCUGCUGUCUAUGUGUCCAUCAAGCAUCUACAACUUCUCUCCGAGGUCAUUGGACUUGGGAGUUUUGAGUAAAUUUAAUUGGGAUUAAAAUGUAUGCUAGAUACAGGAUGAGUACCGAUAAAAUUAGCCACCAAAAGAAACAUGGUAAAUUAUUUAAGGAAUGAAGCUAAUUUUUUUUGCCUAUGAUAAAACUUUGGGCAGUUUACUCUUUAUAAAGAGUUAACACUUUAUAAAGAAUUUAUACAUUUACCUUAUUUAAGGAAUGAAGCUUAAUUUUUACCCAUGUUGUACGAUAAAUCUUAACUGGGCAGUUUAUGCUGAACAUAAACAGUUAAAGAGCAUUGUAAAAAAUAGCAUAAUCUGACCCAGGUUAAGUUGCAUCAUUUAAAAUAGGUAAACAUUAGCUUCAUUCCAUUUAGUUCAAUGCAUAAAGACAAAAAUACAAAUCUUAGUUUAUUAAAAUAUGAGUAAACAUUAAUAUAUACAAAUCACAUGCACCAGACAAGCAUUCACUUAGCAACUACUGAUGAAGAGUCAUUUAACAGAGCAUGUAUUAUAUUUUUUCAAAUUUGAAAACGUAGCAUUUGCAAAGAAUUUUGAUCACAGAAAAUGUAAUGAUUACGACACGAGACUUUUAAGUCGAUCCGACAAGAUGUACAGAAAAAUGUUGAUUGCAAUACACAGGUCAAUGUGACGGGACAUAUCGUAAAAUAUGGCAUGUCUUAUGCUUUCAGAGAUGGAUCAGGAACUUUCCCCUUGGUGAAAAAUAUAUUUUACAUCUUCAUUAUGAAAAUCUUAUUCUUGGGCUUACAUCCCAAGUUUUUUUCUCUCUCAACUUGACGGAAAAGGCCGCGUGAUGUUCCCAUUCGUUAUACAAUACAAACUAAAUUUUGUGCUCAGCCAAUCAAAUUGCAUGUUACAAGUAAAAUUGAAUUAUAUGCAUUUGGCUCAAACUUCCACCAGAGUUCGUUUGCUCACAAACCAAACUCUUCCAGUUAGGCAUUAUGGGAUAGGGGUUUCCUAGGAACUACGAAACCACACAGCAAAAUGACGCGAAAACAUAAUGUCAAACAAACAUUUCAAAUCAAGAACUAAAACAUCAAGUUCAUUACUUUACACUAUAAUUUGAACAGAGUCUCCCUAAUUUUUAGUGAUCUUUUGAUCAUUUUAUGUUUAAAAUAAAAUCCAUACUUUUACAUUAAUGCUUUUGAUAUUAAUAUUUUCAAGCUUCAACUACAAACUACUUCUUUAGUGUUAUUUGCCUGCGUGAGAAUCGCGGACUCAAUAUACAAAUCUGUUUCUGUACUGCGUCAGCUGGGAGAGGUCUAUACCUAGAUGAAGCCUCAGCGGGGAGUUUGGAAUUUAGUUUGACUAAAAUCAAAAACUGGAAUUUAUUUUAAACAAAUGAUGUUGUACACGAGAUUAAAGUUUUGUGAUGAUCGUGGCAAGUGCUGUGAUAUUUUAUAUUCAGAACUAUUUGAAUUAGAGAUUUUUAUUGCCUAUUGUGAACUUAUAUGUUUUCGUAAAUAUAUUUUGAUAUGUGUACUUAAUAACUUUCUUUAGUAACAGUUUACACAUUUUGAAUAAUAUUUCAGCUUGGAAAUUUGCCUGUGAAUUUCAUAAUAUUGUUAUUUUCUAUUGAAGGAAUUUUGACAAAAUUAAUCAAAAGCUAUUAUUUUUUCACCCUAUCUGACUGAUAUACCGGGUAAAAUCUUGUCGCAUUUUACUAUCCACCCUCCCCCCAAAACAAGGAAAACAUUGAACCCUGCCCCACUUUUAAUCUAUUACAUAAAAGUACAUCCCUGUCCCAUUAAAAAAAAUUCACGUUUCCAUUUUAGAGUUUUAUGCCUAUUAUUACUAACCUCUUAAAAUGGGCCAGUGAGAUGUGAUGGUGUUCCAGAAUACAUUACAAUGUUAAAGUUGUGUUCUUUGAAAGAGAGUUAAUGUUUUUAUUGUGUGUUGAGUAUAUGGGUAUUUACGUAUUGGUAAUACUAUCAUGAUGUUUUUGUAAAUCUAAUGCACUUAACAUUAAGGAAAAGAAAUUUCUGUACAAAAAAUACAGCAAUGUUUUACAAAA